AUGACUCUUUCAGAGAUGUCGUGGCGCUCGUCUUUCCGCUGCUCAAAGUUUCGUCACGUUUUCGGGAAGCCGUCGACGAAGGAGCACAGCUACGACGGGGUGCCAAUCACACGCAGCGUCCACGACAACCACUACUGCUCAGCCAAUCCUUGCUUCAUCGCCGUGGUGACAGAGUGCGCCGGGGGCGGGUCCUUUUUAGUCCUGCCCAUCCAUCACACAGGAAGGGUGGACCCUCAGCACCCGAGGGUGUGCGGUCACAGUGGGAGCGUCCUGGAUGUCAAGUGGAACCCGUUUGACGAUCACUGCAUCGCCUCAUGCUCAGAGGACUGCACGGUGAAGGUCUGGGACAUCCCGGUCUGUGGCGUCCAACAGAACCUCACCAAGGCUAGGAAGACUCUGAUUGGUCACUGCAGGAGGGUGGCGCUUAUUGAGUGGCAUCCGACAGCUGAGAACCUGCUGCUUAGCGCUGCUUACGACUAUAAGGUCUUCCUCUGGGAUGUGUCCCAGGUAGGUGCGGUGCUCAGGUACCCGGUGCGGGUGGUUCUGAUGCCCGUCCACCACCGCUACCCGUCUGAUUCGCUGCUGCUGUCCGUCAGCUUCAACAGCGAUGGAAGCAGGCUGGCAGUCACGUCCAAAGACAGACGGGUUCGAGUCCUGGACCCGCGGACGGGAAAAAUCCUACAAGUGUCGAGCAGUAAGUCCCACAGAGCCAAUAAGGUUUUAUACAUCGGAGGGUUGAAGAUGCUUGUGUCCACCGGCAGCUCGCCCUGGAACCACAGACAGAUCGUCCUCUGGGACCCUGACGACUUAUCUGAGCCUCUGUAUGAAGAAGAUUUGGACGGAUCUGCAGGAGUCCUCUUCCCAUUCUACGAUCCAGACACACACAUGCUCUACUUGGCUGGAAAGGGUGACGGGAACAUCCGUUACUACGAGCUGAGCACUGAGAAACCUUACAUCAGCUUCCUGACGGAGUACAGGUCUCUGCUGCCACAGAAAGGACUCGCGGUGAUGCCAAAGCGCGGCCUGGACGUGAGCGCCUGUGAGGUUUUCCGAUUUUACCGUCUGAUCGUCUUCAAAGACCUGGUGGAACCACUGUCAAUGAUCGUACCACGAAAAGAGUCAGGUGUUUUCCAAGAGGAUCUGUACCCAAUGACAGCUGGAAACCAGGCGGCCAUGACGGCUCAGGAGUGGCUGUUAGGGAUCAACAGAAGCCCAGUGCUGAUGUCCCUGAGGCCCGGGACUUUAAUAGCCAACCCUUACCCAGAAACCCCUGCUGAUAAGGGGCUAGUGAGGCAGCUGAGCUCCCUGAGGUUCCAGAUGGAUCCGUCAGUCGGUGCCGUGACUAAGACCCGCCUGGAGUUUAUGGAAGAGGCCUUCCUUGAGGAGCAGCUAGCCUACCAGGACGCCAAAUACCCCAGAGACAGCGACCUGUCGGGGUGGCAGCCGGACGAGACCCAGAUCCCGCUGUGGACGUACUGCUGCACUCCACACUGCUGUGAACCUGCAGAGAGGCCUCCGCCUACAACUGAGAGCGAGCUCCUGCAAGCGUUUUACAGACAGCAAGACGAGAUCAAAGGCCUGAGAGAACAACUUAAAGACAAAGACGUGAGGAUCGCUCAGCUGGAGCUGGACAUCAAAAACACCAAAAAUAACAUGAGGGCGGCCUUCUGAUUCAACCAAUCAGCUCUCACACUGCUGUUUAAACACUGGACCAAUUAAAACUACUCAAACAUUCUGCAACCAAUAAAGGAAACACUGCUGAAAUCUCGAC